GUUGUCAUUGUCAAUGGUCGGAAGUGGUUCUUGUCUAUAACCUCUUUCUUUUCCGUCGUUCUUCGUUUACCGAAACAGAGGUUAUAAUCAUGACUCGCAAACGCCGUAAUGGAGGACGAGCCAAGCACGGCCGCGGCCACGUGAAGGCUGUGCGAUGCACCAACUGCGCGCGCUGCGUGCCUAAGGAUAAGGCUAUCAAAAAGUUCGUGAUCAGGAAUAUCGUGGAAGCGGCUGCCGUCAGAGAUAUUAACGAAGCCUCAGUAUACAACUCAUUCCAGCUGCCCAAGCUGUACGCGAAGCUCCACUACUGCGUGUCGUGCGCGAUCCACAGCAAGGUGGUGCGCAACAGGUCCAAGAAGGACCGCCGCAUCCGCACGCCCCCCAAGAGCAACUUCCCGCGCGACAUGUCCCGCCCGCAGAACGCGCAGCGGAAGUAGGGAGUUUACUUUUAAUUAAAAAAAUGUAAAAGUU